AUGCAGACCCUGAAACGGAAACGCUCCCGAUUAGCUUGUAAGCCUUGCAGAGAGCGAAAAAGGAAAUGCGAUGGUGGUGAACCUUGCACCACUUGCUCUGACUGGGGCUACGAGUGCCACUAUGAAACCCGACAAAGAAAGCCUCGAACAGUCAAGCGACCAACACCAACACCAGAUGCUCAAUCCGAGCUUCGAUCCUCUCCACAGACUACUGUAGAGCCAAAAACUAUUGAUUUAGAUCAAUCGGGCUUGGUUCGGCGCUUAGAGGCCAAUUCCGGGGCAGCUUUUGUGAGGAAGCUUGGCCUCAAGAUUGAUCCUGCAAAGGCACCGAAGCUCAAUCUCUUUGGGUGGAAUAUUGGAACUCGGAAAUUGUCGACUCAAGAUAUCCCCACUUCUGCACUUUCGAUCAUUGAGAUCACGUCGCUUGAACACAUAAAAUCUUUGGCGCAAGUGUACUUUGAUAAAGUGGAUCCAUGCUAUGGGUUUAUCGAUCGUCGAAAUUUCUUCGAGAGACUGAACGCACGCUGGCUAUCACCACUCAUCCCCGAUAUUUACGAGAGCGUUUUAUCGGGGGUUGCCGCAAUUGGUUGUCUAUUCUCCCAAAGAAAUGCCACAGUCACGGAACUGCACUUGGUGCGAACGGCCAACUGCUGCUUGAAUAUGCACCACCUGAGUGGUCCUCCAUCCAUCGAUCUCUUAACUGGAUGGGCACUGAGAUCUAUCUACCUUCGUCUAACAGAUUCACCAUAUUCGACUUGGAUAGCUAGCUCAACCCUUAUGCAUCUGCUCGAGGCCGCAGGCCUUCACCCCGAGACACCUGAAAACUCAGUCCUUCCUCACAGUGCUCAAUGCGACCCCGAUAUUCGGAGACGACUGGUUGGUGUUGCGCAUCACUUGAAUAUAUGGACCUCAUUCGACCUGGGCCUUUCACGAGUAUCGUUCCAAAAGAGCGACCUACCACUACCUCCAUCACCUAAACCAGGUGACUAUACCGAUGAAAUUCUUGGUCUUUUACCCAUUUCAAUUAGCCUUGAUCCAGGGAGAGCAAAAGAUGAGACCGAUCUCACGUCGACUCUAGCGAAGCUUCUGGACGGAACACAUACACAGCCUCCAUCGGUUCUCGCACAAUGCAAUCUCGCACUUUGCAUUCUUCGACGAAUCCAUAUGCAGAACUUGGAUAUCUCCUCAAGUCUAGCCGACCGAGUUUUAAUUCUAUUGAAGAAGGGACUCGGCUGUGCUAGCAGUAUGGUGCUAGAUUGCUCACCAUGGCAUCAGGUCGCAAAUGUGCCUUUUCAAAUCAUUUGUGUUCUCCUGACGAUGGACACUCGACCAUCGCUAGCUAUACUUCCCGAGGCAAUGCGCACCCUGGGUUUGGUGGCAUCUACCUACGAUACGGAAGCUUUGGCAGAAGCCUAUAGCACAGCCUGUCUGUUGGUUUUAUUGCAUCAGCAACGCAGAAAAGAUGAUAUAACUAUAUUGGGAGAGGCACUCAAUGUUCACCAGCAAAAUAGACUGAUAGAGUCUCCCCCGCAGCUCAACCCCAAUUCUGAGGAAUACUCGUGGCUUGGAGCGCUCGUCGCUGAUCUCCCCGGUCUACAAAGGAUAGACCUUGACCAAUUUUUGAACGCAGAUAUGAUGGAUACGUCUUCCUUUUCAGGUGGUUCCAUCUAA